AUGCCACCAUCAUACAAGCGGACAGUUUCUGCCGUUCGCAAUAAAUUGAACGAGCUUCGAGAUCAAAACCCUCACCUUUGGCUGAAAGAAGAGGGAUGGAACCGAGCUGCUGUUAUAGAAUACCUCUAUGAAUCCAUGGCCGAUCUCGCCCAUGUGAACCGACUUUUGAACUUGACUGCCGCUGAUAUUGACAACAUUAUUACACGGGUGUGUAUCCUGAGCAGCCUUGUCAACGUGAGGAAUUCGAUAUGCUAA